AAAAACAGAGAAAUAAUAGAAAAAUUGAUUUAAAUCUUAAAAAUCUAUUUAAAUAUGUUUUUCAUAAAAAUCGACUGAAAUUUCAAACAUUUUUCAAAAGAAGUGUUGAUUUGAAAGAAAAUAAAUCCAAAACUAGUCAUAAAUGCCAUUAUUUUGAGUGAAUUUAAGACCAAAAUUGGGAUUAAAUGAAAGCCAAAGACGAGUUGUGACACAAAAGAUGUCUUGUAAACGAUUGACACGACUUAUUCCGGCCUCUUGUGCCUGGAUUCUGCUUCUGACGGCCACAACAGUCUUCUUCCUCUUCCCAUGUCAAUAUCUGCAGAACUCAUAUCAUUGGUCGAUAACUCUGUGUCAGUCUUUGAUCGCGUUUUUCGUGGUUUCGAACCUGUUUUUGGCCACUUUCAUGAACCCCGGAGUCAUCGGGAAAGCGAAUGCGGACGAAGACAAGGACGACGACUUCCGGGCGCCGCUCUAUAAGAACGUCGAAAUCAACGGAAUCACAGUUCGCAUGAAAUGGUGUGUCACGUGUCAGUUCUAUCGUCCGCCGCGUUGUUCUCAUUGUUCUGUUUGCAACACUUGUAUUGAAACGUUCGACCAUCACUGUCCUUGGGUCAACAACUGCAUCGGACGACGCAAUUAUCGCCAUUUCUUCUUCUUCUUGGUAUUCCUCAGCAUUCAUAUGAUAACUGUCUUCGUUUGGUGUAUUCUCUAUGUCUUGGAUCACAAGGAACAGCUCCACGAAAGGGAUUCGAUCGUCGCUCUUUCGAUUCUCGCAAUAAUCGCUUUACUCUUCAUUCCUGUCUUCGGUUUAACCGGUUUUCACGUCAUUCUCGUCUCCAGAGGAAGAACUACUAACGAACAGGUGACGGGUAAGUUUCAAGGCGGAUAUAAUCCAUUUUCACGCGGAUGUUGGGCCAACUGUUGUUACACUCUUUGCGGACCCAGAUUUCCAAGCAAAAAUGCGGUCAAAAAACGGAAAAAACGAAACACAAAAGAAUACAAUUGGUUGAACACUAAUAACACAAAUACGACUUCUUCUUCGGGAACUAAUGCCGAAAAUGCGGUCAAGAUCUAUAUGGACAGAACGGCUAAUCAUUUUAAUCCAAAAUUUUCUGAAGGAAUUGGUUUAGAAUUAAUGGAAUCUAAAGAACAAAUGUCUUGUAAUUUGAAGACAAAAAGUGCAAUCAAUUCAUUCAAUGAUUUUCAAUCAAAUCAAGACUUAAUUACAAUCAGAAGAAACGAAAAUGGGAAAAAAGAAACAACUUUUUCUGUUUCUUCAGAAAAAACGCAAAAUCAAAGACAAUAUCAAAAUCAAAGACCGUUUUCUCCCAAUAAUAGCGAUUCGUUUCAUCAAAGUCACAGUCGAUCCAUGACUACAGGUCCGGGAGGCGGAGGAAUGGUCAUUUAUUAUUCUCCAGACGCCGGAUGUCUUUCGGAAACAGAACUCGAAAGAAAUCAGUCGUUUUUAAAGAGACCCAUGUCUUUCAUCAAAGCGUUGGAAAUGACGGACAAAAUGGACAGAAAUGAACACAAAGAAAGAGCGUCGUCCGAGACGACGACUGACCGCCAAAGUCAGUACGAAAUGAAUUACGAGAUUUCCGUUUAAU